UUCACUGACCGGGAGACAAGCAGAGGUGAAGCCGCUUGUCCUAUGGUCACUCAGGUAGGAGGGAGCGCCCCUCUUAGGACCCAGGAUCCGCCCGGCUGCGCAGCCCGCGUGCCGACCCCCAUGCCACCUCCGCCUCCUGUGGGAGGGGAAGUGAUCUGGACGGGCAUCUUCGAGCCUACCCGAAUCCCUUGCUAGGCGCGACCACCAGCCUCUCAAAUAACCUCAGGCUUUUCUUAACCUCUUAUCGCUCUGAGCCUUGGUUUAUCCACCCGUGAAAUGAAUAAUGCCAGCCCUGCAACUGUUCGGCCUGCACGGAGCAUCAGAGGAGAUAAUGCAUGUGAAUUACUUUGCUGAACGCCCUGAAAGAGUAGGAUUGCUGAUUCCAGAAGUAAAACGGGGAAGAGAGGGCAGGAUGGGGAGUAGGACUAGAGCAAUCACAGAAGCCAUCUGAUCCCAAGCCCUGCCUGAUGGGGAGUGAGGUGAGGAGUAGAUAGAAGAUUGUGCCUCUUUGGCCCUCAGGGUCUCCAUCAUCCAACUCCAUGCUUCAAGUCCUGCUCUCUGCUCAGGCCUCCCCUACUCGGUUGUCUGGCAUGCUGCUGAUCCCACCAGUACCCUACUGUUUGGGGCCCAGCAAGUGGAGGCCCCUUGGAGAUCCCCAUCCAGGCCCUGUGCAAGGACUGCGGAGGCUUCUGGAACAGGCAGAAGAGUCCUGGGGAGCUGCUGCACUUGCUGCGUCAGAACCACACCAAGGUGGUGCAGAAGUUGGUCCUGCCUUUUGGGCGGCUGAACUACCUGCCCUUGGAGCAGCAGUUUAUGCCCUGCCUUCAGCGAUCCUGGCAUGGGAAGCUGGGGUGGCACCCCUGGCCACAGUCAACAUCUGGAUGUCACUGUGCCAGCUCCAGUGCCUGCCCUUCAGAGUCCUGCACUUUGUCUUCUCCCCUGGUUUCAUGAAUCGUAUCAGUGUUGUGGAGCUGGAGCUCCCAGGAUACCAGGGUCCACACCUUCCCCAGAGACAGCAGGUGCCCAUCUUCCCACAGCCUCUCAUCACUGACCGUGUCCACUGCAAGUACAGUCACAAGGACAUAGUAGCUGAGGGGCUGUGGCAGCUGCUGGGGGAAGUACCACCAGGACCUGACUGUGCAUCCAGGCUACUGUACAGGUAAGUGGCACCCCAGAGAGGAAGCCUGGCUAAGGCCCAGUCGGUCUGUCUCCUGCAGGCUUCCUCCUGUGUGUGCUGUGCUCCCUGUGAGGACCCGGGAUCCCUUCCUACCUUAUCCACCAAGGUCCUGUGCCCAGGGCCAGGCUGCCUCUAACCCCACAACCCAAAACUCUGCCCAAAGGUAAAGAACAG